AUGGUGAUAAGUGACAAAUGGGCUUCUUACAAGGAAGAUGAUGUUGGGAAAGCAAGUGUUGUAAAGGAAAAGUUGUUGAAUGAUGUUUGGUGGGAUAAGAUUGAAUAUAUACUCUCAUUCACAUUGCCAAUUUAUGAGAUGCUCAGAUUUUGUGACACAGAUAAGCCAUGUCUACAUUUGGUUUAUGAGAUGUGGGAUUCAAUGAUUGAACGGGUGAAGGCAUCCAUCUAUAGACGUGAAGGGAAGUCAGAAAAUGAAGAGUCAUCCUUUUACUCUAUAGUGCAUCAAAUAUUAGUGGAAAGGUGGACAAAAAGUAGCACACCUCUUCAUUGCCUUGCUCAUUCUUUGAAUCCAAGGUAUUAUAGUGGGAUGUGGCUUCAUGAAAAUCCCAUUCGUGUUCCUCCUCACAAAGAUGUUGAAAUUUCUGAGAUGAGAAUCAAGUGUUUUAAAAGAUACUUUCCUGAUUCAGAUGAGAGAAGAAGAUAG